AUUGGUGCCAUUGUUACAUGGUUCGUUUAUAUUUAUCAUCAAAAAACUAUUGUUAAUAUUGCUAACGAGCUUUACGACGUAGAUAAUUAUUUAAAAAUUUGUAAAUAUUAUUCAUUAGAAAGAGAUUAUCAUACCUACUACAUAUUUAUUGGAAAUAUUUUAAUUUAUGGUGGGGUAUUUUUACUUAACCUUACUUUGUAUUUCACUCUUAAAAUGCCUCUGUGGAUGUUACCGUGCACAAUAAGUAGUUGGGUAUUUACACAAUAUGCUAUGGUUUUAAAUUUUAUAACCCAAAGGUUCAAAAGUAUAAAUAAAACAAUUCUUAAAAUUGGAAAAAUGGAUACAGAGAGUGAACCUGACACAGUAUUGAGUAAAAAAAUCACUCUUAGUGAAUUGAUUGUUAACGACAUUCAAAUAAUCAAUUAUUCCGAUAUGAAAUUAUGUAAUAUUUGUAGUGAAACAUCUGAUUUCUAUUCACUUCCGGCGUUGAUAGCCAUAAUUUAUUUUAUGGCAAUAGCUAUGUUUAAUCUAUACUAUUUAUUCAUGGCAAUCGUUACAAACAAUUUUGAAGAGUAUACCGUUUUGGACGCCAUUGAAAGUACUGCAACAUUUUUAAUGACGUUUAAUAAUUUCGUCGCAUUAAAUACAAAUGUCAUCAGAAUCAAACGAGAAUUUGAAAAUACCGCUACAAACAUUCAUUUACUUAUGGAUCGAUGCAUAUUAAAUUUAGAAGUGAAACGAGUGUUAAGUGGAUUUUCAUGGGAUCUCUUACAUCGAAAUGUUAGAUUUAGUACGUACAAAAUAAUUGAAUUCGAUGGUUCUCUACUACAAUCGAUUUUUGGUCCUAUUGUCACCAACCUCAUUAUCUUGAUUCAAUUUCGUCCAAAAUAAAUAGUAGUAUUCACAAUUGUUUACAAGUUUAGUUCUUAUGUAUUCAAAGUUAUCGACAAUGAAUUUUUUUUAGUCCUUUUAAUUAUCAUGUUUAAGUCAGGGAAUAUCGAGCCUAUUUAAAAAAAAAUAGUUUGGAUCUUAAAUCUAAAUAGAUAUGAAUUGGCCUACACGAAUCCAAAAAGCUGAUGCAGAGAAAAGGGUU